GCAGUUGCUCCAAUCCCACGAAGAGCUUCGGUUGAUCUUCAUGCGACGCUUACUUUCUAUCAUGUUUGAAUCCCGCGAAAGUUUUCUCGUGUUCUGCAUCAUUUUUGUCGCGUGAAAGUGUUACCGUUUCAAACGUCAAGUAUUACGUGUUAUGCGUGAAUUUGUACACGUUAGACUAUCGAUACUAACCGUGAAAGAUUCAAAAAUAAGAACUGUCAUUCCCAGCUUAUCGCAUGCGUUUGAUUACUAUGGCGCUUGCGUUUAAAUUCAACGGUCGAAAACAACUCCCUUUCUACGCUGUGUAAAAAAGCAUUCUGAUACUUUUUACGAUUUAUCUUCGUUGAUAUUGUUGAAUAAAGUGCGUAAAAAUUGGCAACGUGACCAUAGAUAUUUCGAGAGUCGUUUAUAGCGUCGGUUCGGAUUAGGAUAAUACCGUUUCCCUCGGACAAUGGACCCUUUCACUCAGCGGAUGUUAGAGCGUGCCAGAGCAAGGAGAGAAAAAUUGGACACUCAAUUAUCAAAUGCAGGGCAUGAUGUUAAAAGAAGACGUAGUCCUUUAAAGGAUGCAAAUGCAAUUUUGGCACAAGCUACAGUUACUAAGAGUAAAACUCCAACAAAGUCUCCUGCCAAAGUAUCAACAGAGAAUGUAUCUCCACUCAAAUCUCCUAGAAAGUCUGUGUCUAAGAGUGCUACUAGUGAAAAAGGUGAACAAAUAAAUAAGGAGAAUGGAGAGAUUGGGAUUUACAAUGUGAGGUCAAAGUUACAAAGGCUUGGCAAGCUGUACUCUGAUGACGGUAGUCAUGAGUUAAGUUCACCAAUUCAUAGAACAGAAGAAAGAUUCACUGCAGAAGAAGAGAUUGAACAGAAACCAACCAAGAGAGGAGCUAGACUGGAUAGACUAGCAGCUCUUGCUUCCACAAUUAAUAAUUGGGAAGAUGAUCUUUCGCAUCCAACUCUGGUCAAGCCAGUUGAUAGUAAGGCAGAAAAGAUACAAGCAAAAUUAAAUGAACAAGUUAAAAGUGCAUCAGAACCACAGCCAAGCACAAGUGGAUAUACCAGGGGAAAUAGAAAUAGCAAAGGCUGUAGCCCCAGAAAGGAGGAUUCAUCUACAAAGCAACUAAAAUGGGAUAAGACUGUAUUGGAAACAUUGGAGGCUCAAGGCUUUAGUCGUACAAAAAGCAAUAGUCGUCUUGUAUAUGACUAUAAGGCUUGUUCUCAGGGAAAAGGUGCGGGUUCUGCGAGUUCGCCGUCUAAACAACUUCAACGUGUUCAAGAAGUCGCUACAGGACCCGAAGAAAAAUAUAAUAAAACAGCUAAAGACUAUUCGCAAAAUAGUAAUAAUAAAAAUUCCAACACGCCUGAGAAAACGUCGAGAAAUGCGACACCCAGCACAAGCAAUUCCCGAUUGACGCCAAGACUAGGCUAUAAUGGUUCUCCUAAAAGUCCAGCUCAGUCUAGUCCAGGCUCGGUAUUGAGUAAAGCUUCGUUGUUCGAAUCUAAACAUGCAGAACCGAAAGCAAAAGAUCCCGCGCAGAUGUCACUUUCCGAGAGGAUGGCACUUUUCGAGAGAAAUAAAGGGGAACCUCCCUUGUUGCCGAAAGCUCCCCUCACCAUGUCUGUACCACCAAAAAAAUUACAAGAGAAGGGCAAGGGUAGUCCAUUAGGAAAGAGCAAAACUGAAAUUCCUAACAAUUCUGUUAACGCCCAACGCGAAAAAUUUGAACAAGGACUAGGUACACAGGAAUUGGAAAAUAAUAUUUUACGUAACACUCAUCUCGAAAGACAGCGUGAAUUGGAUAUGUUACGUUCACGUUUCAAUAGGAAUAAAGAAAGAGCGCAGGUUGCCGCUGGUUCUUGUAUUAGAACAAGCGAAAGUAGCGAAGGAAAAUCGAAUUCUCCUAAAAAUUCUCCGGUUUGUCCAGUAAAACCGACACCUGCUCCUGAUCAUGGUGUUCCACCACCUCCGCCACCUCUUCCAGAACCGUAUGUUUCCGACGCGAGACUGACCUCCAAUCAAAAUAAGAAUUCGCCAUUCAAAAGACAAGUGGUAGUUAGCCCACCGAAAACGCAAAAGAUACAAACAGUUUCCGACGUUAAGCGCAUUCGCGUCGCUCCCCCAAAGCCUGGACACCUCUACCCUAAUCUUUCUGAAAAUGGAUCUACAACUGAAACAGAAACAGACACGGAGUAUACUGUUAAUAGUACAGAAGGAGAAACGGCUACCCUAGAUGAGAAAACUGAUACUGAGACAGGGACGGAAGCUGAAUACUAUGUACAGGAUGACGGAACUGAGAUCGAUAGCGAGGAAGAAUGCGAAGAAGUAAACACUAGCCUUGGCAGAAGUAUCCUACGCGCAGUAAACGAACAAUCAUUUUUAACUAAAAAGAGAUCAAUCGAUCCUGAUCCGGACAGCACAACUUCCGAUAUUUCGGUAUUGGAUGAAAUGGACGAAUAUUUAGACGAGUGUCUCGCGUUACAGGAAGCAAAUGGAAACGGAAAUAUAGAAGAAGGACCUACUCCGCCCAAGUUAAACAAAGGUGGUAAAAGUCCGUCAACCGCAUCAACUAGCUUCAAAUAUAGCCAAGGAUCAUCAUAUCGUUCACCCAUAAAAAAGGUUACUCCAUCUCCCAAAAAAGGUGAAACUUACGUUAUAGAUGGCGAUGAUUGUGUGCCAUUAAUGCAUAGCGUCAGCUUUUAUAGACGACAGCAAUCACAAACACCAAAAACGCCAGUGCGUAUAAUAUCGAGAGUACAAGAAUCUUCGGACACUAUGCCCGAUGUAACGAAAGAUGAUGCUAAGAAUGAAGCUACCUUGGUACAAGAAAAACUUAAGCGAUUGUUAGAUGAAGUGUGCAAACAACAAACAAUUAUCGGUCAAGCUAGUCAGGCACUGAACUUGUGUACUUCGACCGUGGAGUUCAAUGAUUCGAGGGAACAAGUUGAAGGAGAAAGAUUACUACUCGUUGCCACUCAUAGACGACAGGCUGCGUUAAACGAAGUUCAACGAUUGAAAAUAGAAGGUACACUAAGGCCUGUUACUCCUGGAUCACCGGAAGUGCAAGAAAGUGGAUCUUUAACAGUCUCUGCUAUUACUUUGCCUCUUAGACGCGAUCACUUACGCAAUGUCAGCUCAAAUACAUGCCUCCAUUUUGUUUGCUUGAUGCGACAUUUGGAGGAAAUAGUUGCUACUCCAGUGGUUGUAGCAGAGCCUGGCGAUUCGUGCCUUCGAUUUCCAUCAACGCUUAAAAUAAACGAUUUGUACAAUGACUUUAAGAUUACCGUCGAAAUAUAUUCACUUCAAACGCAAGCUGAAAUUUUGCCACACGAAAUUAAGUACCAUAUAAAUAAUACUCACGGAUGUGGUAAUAAUAAUAAUAAUUGUAACAAAAAACUGGUAAAUAAGACUCCAAAGAAAUUUUUGAAACAGGAAAGUCGAUUAAUAAUGCCGAGUGUACAAAGCCCCGCAGGACCAUCUGCUGUGAGAUCACCUGCUUUUCAAUUGUCUGGCUACGUUAUUUUUAGUCUUAAAGAAGUGCAUCGGCAACAAUUCACAUUAAAUAAGGUACCGCCGCAGUCGCCAUUGGAGGGUCGAUUACAGAUGCACGUGUCAUGCGAACUUUCAUUGUCGGUCGAGUACAGAGGAUUUCUUACAAUGUUCGAAGAUGUUUCUGGAUUCGGCGCUUGGCAUCGUAGAUGGUGUUUGCUUAAAGGUUCUACGCUGUCAUAUUGGAAAUAUCCUGAUGAUGAACGGAAGAAGACACCCAUUGGAAGUCUAGAUUUACAAGGUGUCUCUACAACGAAUGUAGGAUUAGUUUCGCGAGAUAUAUGCGCGCGCCCUAAUACGUUUUUGCUCGAAACGACAAGAGCUGCAGAACCUGGAGAUUCCGAAAGUUUAAUUAUGGUUAGAAAUGGACACACGACGACAAUUAGGCAUCUUUUAUCAGCAGAUACAAAGGAAGACAGAUUAGAAUGGUGUGCGAAACUUAACAAAACGUUAAAUUUAAUUCAUACUUGGGGCGGAACACCGGCACUGUCGUAACCGGACGUGUGACACGUAAUAGCGUACUGAAGUACGCGUAUACGCAAUGGGUACUUGUGUAUACUAAAUAAUACAACUAAAUAAUUUAAUGUGGCUAAUCUAAUACGAUAAUGUAUAUUUUCAAUAUCAUGAAUUUUUGGAAAAAGAUUUUUUCCAGUUACUGGUAAUUUUCAAGAAUAUUAAUUGCAAAUACAUACAUUAAUCGAUCCGAUAAUGAAUUCUAGUUGAGCAAAAUACUUUUAAUAUAAAGUAAUACGUAUUAUUAAUUCCCUUACAGAUUAUACAAAAUUAUCUUUUUGUAACUAAAAACGCUUAAAAAAUCAAUUUAAUCGUCUCCUUAUUCCUUAGGUAAGGAGUAAAAUUAGAAUGAAUUUCGUAAUGUUCUUCAAACAUAAAAAAUUAAUUGUUGGUAUUCAAGUAUUCUUAUAUUUUCUUUCUAAUUACUAUAACCACGCGAUUUAAAAGAAUGUAUGUAUUUAUUACAAUGAAUUAUAAUCAAUUAAUAUAAUCAUUAAAUUUCAGUAUGAUCUAAGCUUUUUUAGGAGCUACAUAUAUCUUCACGAUAGUUCUGAUUAUGCAUUUUUUUAAUAUGUAUUAUUAUACUAUAAGGUAUUUGUAUUGUAAAUAGAAAAAUAGUUUAAUUAUGUAAAAAUUAUUACUAACAAAAAUGUACGUAGAUAUACGUAUAUCUAUACACAAGUAUUUUUUAUAUUCGCUGUACAAGACAAUAUUCGAUUAAACGUAUGAAAUUUUA